AUGGAGAACGGCACUGAGGGCAAGAACUUCUACAUCCCUAUGAACAACAGGACGGGGCUUGUGAGAAAUCCUUUUGAGUAUACACAGUAUUAUUUGGCAGAUCCAUGGUUCUUCAAACUGCUGGCGCUCUACAUGUUCUUCCUGAUCUGCACUGGCUUCCCCAUCAACUUCCUCACUCUGCUAGUCACAGCUCAGAACAAGAAGCUCCGGCAACCUCUCAACUUCAUCCUGGUCAACCUGGCUGUUGCUGGACUGAUCAUGGUCUUAUUUGGAUUCACAGUCAGCUUUUAUUCUUCUCUCGUUGGCUAUUUCUCCCUGGGACCCUUGGGAUGUGCUAUUGAGGGAUUCAUGGCUACACUUGGAGGUCAAGUGUCUCUGUGGUCUCUUGUGGUCCUCGCUGUUGAGAGAUACAUUGUGGUCUGCAAACCCAUGGGUAGUUUCAAAUUCACAGCCACCCAUGCUGGAGCAGGUUGUGCAUUCACCUGGAUCAUGGCUUCCUCCUGUGCUGUUCCUCCUCUUGUUGGCUGGUCAAGGUACAUUCCUGAGGGUAUUCAGGUUUCCUGCGGACCUGACUAUUACACCAUGGCCCCAGGCUACAACAACGAAUCAUUUGUUAUGUACAUGUUCACCUGCCACUUCUGUGUUCCCGUCUUCACCAUCUUCUUCACCUAUGGAAACUUAGUGUGCACAGUGAAGGCGGCUGCAGCUCAGCAGCAGGACUCUGUAUCUACUCAAAAAGCUGAGAAGGAAGUGACACGUAUGUGCAUCCUGAUGGUGUUGGGCUUCUUGGUGGCUUGGACUCCAUAUGCUAGCUUUGCUGCAUGGAUCUUUUUCAACAAGGGAGCUGCUUUCUCAGCCACAGCCAUGGCUAUCCCUGCCUUCUUCUCAAAGAGCUCAGCAUUGUUCAACCCUAUUAUCUAUGUGCUGAUGAACAAACAGUUCCGUAACUGCAUGCUGAGCACUAUUGGAAUGGGUGGCAUGGUGGAGGAUGAGUCCUCAAUGUCAACCAGCAAGACAGAAGUGUCCUCUGUUUCCUAA